CCCAAGGGUGGAGAAAGAGAGAGGGGUGUAGGAAGUGUUUGCUGAGUGGGUUGGGGUUGAGGACACAGUAGCUCCACUGACCUGAGAAGGACAAUAUUUGCAGACCACACUUGACAUGCACAAACACCCACACACACACAGCCACACACGCACACAUACACACACAAAGGGAUGAAAUAGCCCCUGACGACACUGGGUGUAGGGUACUUAUUUACCAAAGAAAGGUAUACACAGGGCGUGUCCUCCGAGAGAAGCUGUUUGGUUUCCAUCUCGCUGAAAGGGGGUCGUUGUCCUUCUGUCGGGUCUGUUUGACCCGCUACAGAACUCAGUCCGUCGAAGGGUCAACGCAACCACGGCCACAACUGCAGAUCACACUCUUUUCCAACAUCAAGUAGUCACUCGGUCGAUGUCCAAAAUGAGUUGUGAAAAAUGGCCGUUCUCCAAUUUCCCGUCACAUCUUCAAACGGUCUUGUUUUGGCCAAUCGGCAUUGCGAAACCCAAAAACAUCAGUUUAGGCGAAGGUGAAUAAAAGCAUCCUCACGACUCACUAACCGUAGAGAGAGAAUGUUCAGGGUUUUUGCCUGGAAAGUGACGUCAGCUAUCUGUCAACUACUUGUAGCCGAUUUAACUAAUGGAUGAAUUUGUGGCGGCGAUACGCUCAAGACUGAUUUUGACAGCUGCAGAAUCCCCCCCCCCCCCCGUCAGCCCUCUCGGCCUCGUGGUUCUGUGCGCCGCUACAGUUCUCUUCCUGCGAUUGUCCGAUCUCUCUCUGUCCCAUUGUAUUGGCCAAGUUGCCGUGCACCCCGAGGGAAAGUUCUUUGUGCUUUUACACCAGGACGGUUUCCGUUUCUCACCAUCCCGCUGUCACAUGUUGACCCGCUUAAUUUCCCUGUGUGGCACCCCCUUACCACCUGGAAUACACCUCCAAAACAACAGCAAUUACUGUACAUGGUGCUCCUCCACAAGUCACUCACUAGUUGCUCAAAUCUAAGUUGGCGAAGGCCAACGUGCCAAACUCGAGGCUUCAAAGCGGGAUCUCAAACCAACGGUGACGCCACGACGACUCCGCCCAGAUACAGUCCACUCACGAUUGUUUCUGAUCCAGAACACCAUGUUCGCCCUCGGCCGCCAUGCACAUUUAUUAUUUUUGGUGCGCAUUUAUUAUUUUUUGUGCUUUCUUUGUCUCCUUGUUUGCAGAUGUGCACAGUUGUGAGUCAGAGAUAUUUGCAGUACUCUUUCAAUACGACAGUACUUUCAAUACUUUUAGCCGUUUCAGCUGAGGGGAAACAGUGAGACGCAAACAGGAGAGCCCGAGGAGUGGGGGCCUCCUCGAGGGCCACCAAACGCAUCUUGCACGUAUUGUCAGUCGGGACAAUACCUGUACGGCAUGCUACAACCUGCAGCUUGACCUCUCGUUGAACUACAGCACAAUACGAAACCCAGAUUUAACACACACACACACACACACACACAAACACACACACACACGCCCCACAUGACUCUCUUUGUUUCUUCGGAGCCAGGCGGAGGGUACGGCUUCAGUCGUCAUGUUCACACCCUUCCUGACACAGCGAGUGAACAUCCUGCCCUCCUAUUGGUCUGCUGCUCAUCUGGACUGUGUGUGUGUGUGUGUGUGUGUGUGUAAGGGUCUGAUGGCGUAUGUUCUUGCCCAUUUGUUAAUAAUUAAAGGCCAACUUGUCAGACUGUGGACUUUAAUCAGGGCACACACACACACACACACACACACACACACACACACACACACACACUGCCCCGCUCAUAAACACACUCGUCCGGGUACAAACACAGAGUCAUCGCAGCUGCACCUGGCCGUCACAGGCCAAGGUAACCGAAACCACCUUUGAAACCACCUCACACGCUUUUGAUCCAAACACUCAACAGACCUUAAUGGGUGACAUGUGUGUGUGUGUGUGUGUGCAUGUGGUACUCUCACUAUCAUCUUUUUGACACUGUGCAGCUUUUAGACACACCACACACACACACACUGGAGGAGUCUCGUAAAAACGUCCCCGUCAUAAAGUUUUCUGUGCUGUCAGGCGGACGAGUGAGCAGGAAGAGCUUUCAGGUCUUGGAUGCUGAAAGUGGAGGGGAGGAACAAAGUCUUGGGGAGGGAGAGAGAGAGAGAGAGAGAGGGAGAGAAAGAGAUGUUUGGCUAUUGUCUGACGUGAUUUACUGACAGUUCUCACUCACUCGCGUGGAAACACACAUUUCAAACACCUAGACUAAACUUCUAAACCUUGUCUGGCGCUUCCCUCCAACUUUACGUGAUUUACUUUUCAUCCCUUUUCAAAGGCACUGUGUAUGUGUGUGUGUAUGUAUGUGUGUGUAUGUGUGUGUGUUGUGUGUGCGUGUGUGGGUGGGUGUAUUUAUGUGUGGGUGAGUGUAUCUAUUUCACUUUGCAGUUGUGCUGUUUAUUUCAUUAUCUUCAGCCUUUAGAGAAGGAGGGAGCGUUACGAGUUAUUGACUGUGCAGUGAAAUAUGGAAACCAGGACACUGGUGGAAUGAGCCUGGCCUGGGCAGCCAUGCUGAUGUAUGACUACCCUCUGAAGACAGACAUGGAGACGUCAUUCUACUCUUCGUUAGUGAAAACCACGGAGCAGUACGGAGUGAUCUUCUCCCACCCCACCCACAUCUACCAUCCGGUGCACAUGCCCGCCUUCGCCCAGCCCCACAUGCCCAGCAACCCCACGCACGCCCAGCUGGAGCCCGUGGACCUGUCGGUCAGCAAGCGCUCCUCCUCCUCCUCCUCCCCGCCCUGCUCCUCCGCCUCCUCCUCCCCGGCCUCCUCACGCAGCUCCCCGCCCUCCCCCUACAGCGCGGCAAGCCGCGCCUCCCCCCGCUGCUCCACCCCGCACGCCCAGCUGCGCUCCUCGCCCUCGCACGCUCUCCCGCCUCCCACGCCCUCACUCCCCUACCAUAGUGCAAUGGUGACCCCACUGAUGAGCUCGGGGACUGGGGUCAUCCAUGGGUCGGGGGUCAUGAUGUCUCCGGUCAUGGUGCCUCUGUCUGUCCUCUACCCCUCGCCUCUCCACCUGCACCAGUCGAUAUUGGUGAGCCCACCAGUCGCCAGUGACGACGACCAUCAUCGGAGCAGGGAGCACAAGACAGGUCACUGCGGCAACUCCCACGACCUGCACAAGCCAAUCAAGACGGAGCCCCGCUCUGAGCUCGCUCACGACCUCCACGGCGGCCGCGAGAUGAAAUCGUCAAUCAGGAUCCAGCAUGAGUACGGGUGCAACAACCCGUCCGUCAUCGUUCAUUCGGGCGCCAAGCAUCCCCCCCCGGCCGAGUCUCCGGACACGCUGAAAAAGCGCAGGAUCCACCGCUGCGACUUCAACGGCUGCAACAAAGUGUACACCAAGAGCUCCCACCUCAAAGCACACCGCAGGACACACACCGGCGAGAAACCCUACAAGUGCUUGUGGGAAGGCUGCACGUGGAAGUUCGCCCGUUCGGACGAGCUGACGAGGCACUUCCGGAAGCACACGGGGGUCAAGCCGUUCCAGUGCCCCGACUGCGAACGCAGCUUUUCCCGAUCCGACCACCUGGCUCUGCACAAGAAGCGCCACCUCCUGGUGUGAGAGACCCUCCCGAGAUCCGCGGGGGCGGCUUGAGAAGGAGACCCGGUGCUGAGUGUUUGACGUUGGACUGUACCACUUCGACUUGUGGGAUGGGAUUUGAAAAGAGUUGGCCUUACACGUUGGACUCCGGCGGGGAAACGUUCCUCCCGGUGCAGGUUUAUACCCUUUCGCCUCAUUGGCCCCCGAAAGUUAGCCGGCGUCAGUCUGUUUAUCACGAAAACGCCACGCACCAUCCUGCAGAUAGAUAAUCAGCACGGGUUGACUUUAUCAUUACAAAUUAAAAAAUGGUCAGCUGGGGAAGGCCCAGACACUUAAAAAAAAUAGAAAAAGAGACCACUGCAUCUCAGCUGGCCUGAGAGGCAGCGCCCUCUGGUGGCCGCAGAACCAAACAGCACCAACACCCGCUCAGCCACACACAGCACGCUCAAGCUUCUUCAUUACAUCAUCUCUCCUUAUCUCUGCAUGCAGUCAAGUAAAGAUUGUGGACUUAAACACCCCCACACACACAUACACACACACACACACACACACACACACAAACGUUAUUUUCUAGCUGGGCCAAUAUAAUGUGAAACUCCAGAAUGUAUCAUAGCUCACCUACUUUGUAUUGUGUCAUACCUUCUCACCCUGUGACGUAACACAAACUCCACCUUCAUGAAUCCAAACACCACACACACCUCAACAGCCUCUGAAAGGUUAAAUCAUGAAGUGACUUUAAAAAAUCCACAACAACAAAACAGGUAGCCAUUGCUUUCUUUCUCUUUGUACAUACGUGCACAUGUUUAACGGCACACAGACACAUGUCUGGUGUUUUUUUGUUUUAAAUUUAAAGAAAAGUGGGACUCGUUCCUUGUCGGAGUGAAGUGUUUUUUUAUGUUUUCAUUCAGAAAUGUGAACGUUGCUGCACCGGGGCAUUAUUGUGUGAGCGAGGAAAGGACAGCACUUGGUGGGUUGAUGGGUAGAAGCAAUGAUGUGUCUUAUAUCAAGUUUAUGUAUCUAUAUAUAUGAACUAUUGUGAUACAAUGGUAGCCUUCUUUUUUGUAUUACACGUUUAUAUGGGAAAAAUGCAAAGAGCAAAGCAGGGAAAUUUGCUCUUUGGCUUUUCAGGAGCAGAUGAGGUCCAUUCCAGCCAGCCAGCCGGGAUGUAUGGAAUAAAAGUAUAAUAUUCAUAAGGUCAUAAGAUAUAUUCUCCUACUACACCGUCACAUUUUUAGAGCACAACUUUUACAGCACAACAAGAAAAUAGGUUUUGCUUAUCGAGUUUUUUGUAUAUAUAUAUAUAUAUAUGUAUAUAUGUAUGUAUGUAUAUAUAUAUAUUUAUAUAUAUAUAUAUAUAUAAACAUUCCCAAAGGCAAACAUUUUCUCAUCAUAUCUAAUCUGUUUCUCUAUUCACCUGCUGGUCAGUUUGAUCGGAAACAUUAAACUUAAAGUCUUGGUUUGUCAUUUCCUAAUCAUGUAAUAUCAUGUGUGAUCCUACACACAUGUAUAUCCCACACACACCAAAUGUAGCGGCUAUACUGAUCUGCAUUUUUGCCUGUUUUUUGUAUUUCUGCAAAUAUAAGUUCUAAUAUAUAUGUAUAUAUAUAUACAUAUAUAUUUUAUAAUUGAUUAUUAGACUGAAAGGGCAAUUAAAGGUUUUUAUUAAGCAUGAUUUUGAUACUCUCAUAAUAAUGGAUAUUAUACAUUUUCUAUAAUGUUCUGUAAUAAACCCGAUCUCUUUUUAAUCUAAACAUUGGCAAUUCAAAGGGAACAUGUUAAACUGUGAACAUAUAACUGUACAGGUCUAUCUGAAAUUUUUGCAUAUAUUUUAAGAAAGAAUAUUCAUACCACUUAAUAAACUUAUUGAUAAUA